GGUGGUCCACGGGAUGCACCCGGCUGUGGUUACUAGUGAACCGGGCGAUUGCCUCAGCCGGCAAUAAAUGUGCUUUGGUACCUGGGAGGUCUGGCUCCCCAGAAGGGGAGGGGAGCGAUUGUAAUCACUCCUUUGAGGGGAUCACCUGGGUCACUGUCGUGAAUUUCCAGAGUUGGCUUGGUGUAGUCAUGGCGGAAAGGAAAGGAACAGCCAAAGUAGACUUUUUAAAGAAGAUUGAGAAAGAAAUCCAACAGAAAUGGGAAACUGAGAAAAUGUUUGAGAUCAAUGCAUCUGACCUGGAGAAGCAGCCCAGCAAGGGCAAGUACUUUGUAACCUUCCCAUAUCCGUAUAUGAAUGGGCGCCUUCAUUUGGGACACACGUUUUCUCUAUCCAAGUGUGAGUUUGCAGUAGGAUACCAGAGAUUGAAAGGAAAAUGCUGUCUGUUUCCUUUUGGCUUACACUGCACUGGGAUGCCUAUUAAGGCAUGUGCUGAUAAGUUGAAGAGAGAGAUUGAACUGUAUGGUUGCCCCCCUGAUUUUCCAGAUGAAGAAGAAGAAGAGGAAGAAAUCAGUGUUAAAGCAGAAAAUGUAGUAGUUAAGGAUAAAGCUAAAGGAAAAAAGGUCCCAUCUAAGAUCCCACUUUGCAUUUAUUUGUCACAUGUCUGUGGUCAUCUCUUUAGCCUCCUCUGCCUCUUGUUUUGUAGUAAAGCUGCUGCUAAAGCUGGAUCUUCUAAAUAUCAGUGGGGCAUUAUGCAGUCCCUCGGACUGCCUGAUGAAGAGAUAGUACAGUUUUCUGAAGCAGAACAUUGGCUUGAUUAUUUCCCACCACUGGCUAUUCAGGAUCUAAAGAGAAUAGGUUUGAAGGUAGACUGGCGUCGUUCCUUCAUUACCACUGAUGUUAAUCCUUACUAUGAUUCAUUUGUCAGGUGGCAAUUUUUAACUUUAAGAGAAAGAAACAAAAUUAAAUUUGGAAAGCGAUACACUAUUUUUUCUCCAAAGGAUGGACAGCCUUGCAUGGAUCAUGACAGACAAACUGGAGAGGGUGUUGGACCUCAGGAAUAUACUUUACUGAAAUUGAAAGUGCUUGAGCCAUAUCCAUCUAAAUUGAGUGGCCUCAAAGGUAAAAAUAUCUUCUUAGUAGCUGCUACUCUCAGACCUGAGACUAUGUUUGGACAGACAAACUGCUGGGUUCGUCCUGAUAUGAAGUACAUUGGAUUUGAGACAGUGAAUGGAGAUAUUUUCAUCUGCACCCAAAGAGCAGCCAGGAAUAUGUCAUACCAAGGCUUCACCAAAGAUAAUGGAGUGGUGCCCGUUGUUAAGGAAUUAAUGGGGGAGGAAAUUCUGGGUGCAUCCCUUUCUGCGCCUUUAACUUGCUAUGAUGUGAUCUAUGUUCUCCCAAUGCUCACCAUUAAGGAGGAUAAAGGCACUGGUGUGGUCACAAGUGUUCCUUCUGAUGCCCCUGAUGAUAUUGCUGCCCUCAGAGAUUUGAAGAAAAAGCAAGCCCUUCGAGCAAAAUAUGGAAUUAGAGAUGACAUGGUCUUGCCAUUUGAACCGGUGCCAGUCAUUGAAAUCCCUGGUCUUGGAAGUCUUUCUGCUGUAACCAUUUGCGAUGAGUUGAAAAUUCAGAGCCAGAAUGACCGAGAAAAACUUGCAGAAGCAAAGGAGAAAUUAUAUCUCAAAGGAUUUUAUGAAGGUGUAAUGUUGGUGGAUGGAUUUAAAGGACAGAAAGUCCAAGAUGUAAAGAAGACUAUCCAGAAAAAGAUGAUUGAUGCUGGAGAUGCAUAUAUUUACAUGGAACCAGAGAAACAAGUAAUGUCCAGGUCUUCAGACGAAUGUGUGGUGGCUCUGUGUGACCAGUGGUACUUGGAUUAUGGAGAAGAGAACUGGAAAAAACAGACGUCCCAGUGCUUAAAGAACGUGGAGACAUUCUGUGAGGAGACCAGGAGAAAUUUUGAAGCUUCCUUAGAUUGGCUACAAGAACAUGCUUGCUCCAGAACUUACGGCUUAGGCACUCGCUUGCCUUGGGAUGAGCAGUGGCUGAUUGAGUCUCUCUCGGACUCCACGAUUUACAUGGCCUUUUACACAGUUGCACACCUGUUACAGGGGGAUGACUUGCGUGGACAGGCAGAGUCCCCACUGGGGAUAAGACCACAACAGAUGACUAAGGAAGUUUGGGAUUAUAUUUUCUUCAAGGCUGCUCCGUUUCCUAAGACUCAAAUCGCAAAGGAAAAAUUAGAUCAGUUAAAGCAGGAGUUUGAGUUCUGGUACCCUGUGGAUCUUCGAGUCUCUGGCAAGGAUCUUAUUCCAAAUCAUCUUUCAUAUUGGCUUUAUAAUCAUGUGGCUAUGUGGACAGAACAAAGUGACAAAUGGCCCAAAGCUGUGAGAGCAAAUGGACAUCUCCUCCUCAACUCUGAGAAGAUGUCAAAAUCCACAGGCAACUUCCUCACUUUGGGCCAAGCUGUUGACAAAUUUUCAGCCGAUGGAAUGCGCCUGGCUCUGGCUGAUGCUGGUGACACUGUUGAAGAUGCCAACUUUGUGGAAGCCAUGGCAGAUGCAGGUAUUCUCCGUUUGUACACCUGGGUGGAAUGGGUGAAAGAAAUGGUUGCCAACUGGAACAGCCUAAGAAGUGGUCCUGCCAGCACUUUCAAUGAUAGAGUUUUUGCCAGUGAAAUGAAUGCAGGAAUUAUAAAAACAGAUCAAAACUAUGAAAAAAUGAUGUUUAAAGAAGCUUUGAAAACAGGGUUUUUUGAGUUUCAGGCCGCGAAAGAUAAGUACCGUGAAUUGGCAAUAGAAGGGAUGCACAGAGAACUUGUGUUCCGGUUUAUUGAAGUUCAGACCCUUCUCUUGGCUCCAUUCUGUCCACACUUAUGUGAGCACAUCUGGACACUCCUGGGAAAGUCUAACUCAAUUAUGAAUGCUUCAUGGCCUGUGGCGGGUCCUGUGGAUGAAAUCUUGAUUCGUUCCUCACAGUAUCUCAUGGAAGUAGCACAUGACCUUAGAUUACGACUCAAGAAUUAUAUGAUGCCAGCUAAAGGGAAGAAGACUGACAAGCACCCACCUCAGAGACCCUCACACUGCACCAUCUAUGUGGCAAAGAACUACCCACCUUGGCAGCACACUACCCUGUCGGUUCUGCGUAAUCACUUUGAGGCCAACAGUGGAAGAUUGCCUGAUAACAAAGUCAUUGCUAGUGAACUAGGUAAUAUGCCAGAAUUGAAGAAAUAUAUGAAGAAAGUGAUGCCAUUUGUUGCUAUGGUUAAGGAAAAUGUGGAGAAGAUGGGGCCACGUGUUCUGGAUUUGCAGUUGGAAUUUGAUGAACAGGCAGUGCUUAUGGAAAAUACAGUCUACCUGACUAAUUCCCUUGAGCUAGAACACAUAGAAGUCAAGUUUGCCUCUGAAGCAGAAGAUAAAGUCAGGGAAGACUGUUGUCCUGGGAAACCACUUAAUGUUUUUAGAACGGAACCUGGUGUGCCAGUUUCUCUAGUAAAUCCCCAGCCAUCCAGUGGUCACUUCUCAACCAAAAUUGAAAUCAGGCAAGGGGAUAACUGUGAUUCUAUAAUCAGGCGUUUAAUGAAAGCGGAGCGAGGAAUAAAAGACCUUUCCAAAGUGAAACUGAUGAGAUUUGAUGAUCCACUGUUGGGGCCUCGGCGAAUACCUGUCCUGGGAAAAGAACACACUGAGAAGACUCCCAUUUCUGAGCAUGCUGUUUUCCACGUGGAUCUCAUGAGCAAGAAAAUUCAUCUCACUGAAAAUGGGCUACAGGCAGAUAUCGGCGAUACAAUUAUCUACCUGGUUCAUUAAACGCAUGGAGGGCCGGGAAUUUAGCUCAGUGGUUCCAGCGCCUGCCUCACAAGCACAAGGUCCCGAGUUCGAUCCCCAGUACCAAAAAAAAAAAUCAGCAUUUGCUCUUAAAUAAAAAAACGCAUGGAAACUGGAAAUUUGCCAAGGUCUAAGAUAUUAUUACUUUAAGAACCUACAUAGAUUUUAUUUUUAACCAUCAAAUUCUGCAUGUAAUCAUAACUAUACCAGGUAAUCUUUGAUUCUUAGACUUAAUAAAUUUUUUUCCCCAUCUUUGGGCCUUUAAGAGAAA